GAUUAUACACUUAAUAUAUUCGAGCUAUGUAAUGUUUAUUGUGUUCUGUGCUUUAGAGAUUGUUUCUAUUUAUAUGAUAAAUUGCUGGGUAUUUUGCUGUUAAUAGAUUAUUGAAAUAUAAAAAUAUUGAUAUGACAACAACCUUACUCCGUUGGAAGACUUAAUUUGCAUUACAUUAGUUAUUAAUAUAGUAAAUUUAAGUUGUAAAUAGACGAAGAAAAAGUUGACCUUGAAGCAGCACAGCUGUCAAUUUCAAAUGAUCUAACCUAAUUGUUAUUGAAAUAAACAAUACCGUUGCUGUUUUUAUGAUUGUGUACGAUGAGAAACGUUGGUGCUCAUCUCCUAGAAGACAAAAUGGACGAGGCCGUAACUCACUAUAUAAAUACACAUCAAGCAAACGAGACUGUUCAUGUAACUACAAAUGGACUACCUCUCAGUGUCCAAGAUGAUGGCGGCGGACGUGUCACCGUCAUGCACACGCAAAACUACUCAGCACCAAUGUGCAGCAGACAAGUAUCAGUCAACGAUCAAGUAACAGAAGGUCAAUGGGGCGAAGAACUCCUAGAUCCUGACAGCAGGAUUGCAGCUAUUGUAGCACAACUAGCCCAGCAGUCGAGAACCUCACACCAUCUACACCAUAAGGUGCAGCAAGUCAGGAACGAUGUAGACACUUCGGUAAUCCUAGAUGGGUCGAUGAGGCUUUACAACGGACAGACUUUGGAACAACAACAAGAACCUAUUGUGGUACACGUACCACAACUACCGCCACUGCCCCCACUGCAAGAAAUGAAGAGAUGCCAGGAAACUGACUGGUUUCAUAAUAAAACAAAAAAUGUUGCAACACUAAAAGACAACAAUCAAAUCCUUACAGCAGCAGACAGUCCAGUUCUGGAACUGGCUGGUGCCUCGCCGGUUCAGAAUAAACACCAGAGCAAGAAAAGCUUGCCGCAUAAGAAGAGGAUAUCCAAAAAAUUGAAGAAAAGUAAUGGGAGUUGCACUCCUCAACAGGACAUAGUUGUGAUUAGCUGUACAAACGAGGUGCCUCAUGAAGAAAUCCUACCUGAUAACUUUGUGACUGGAGUGCAACACCAGGACCAGAUGCCGGAAGAUACUCAUCAUAUCACACACGAGGUUCGACCGAUUUUGUUAUGUCAAUUAUGCGGAGAGUUCUACGGUGAAGAACAGUUGAAGUUCUUCCAGCAUCUUAAACAGCACUACGAACCUCACACUGCAAUAAUCAUAGAAAAUCCUGUACCUGAUUUAGGAAUUGAUAAGAUGACAAACACGUGUAUCGUUGACAACGUGGCAACCCUACCAGACUCUAUAGUAGAACUCUCCCUAGAAAACACAGUUCCUAAAACAAUGUACCAAAAUAUAGAUAAACAGAUAUUAUAUACGACAAACGAUAAAACACUUAGUUACACGAACAAUAAAGUUCAAUAUUCGAUGGCAAACAUCGAGGGCCCGAAGGACGUGACCAGUACAGACGCCGACAAGAGUGACCUGUACGACACUUUGGAUAAAUUAGAACUGUACAGUUGCGCGAAGUGCAGCAAGUCGUUUCGGAAACAGAAGCAAUGCGAAGCUCACAUCAAGGAGGCUCAUUCUAAUGGAAAGAUAGACGACAUGGGCGAGUUCAGCGAACCCGAGGACCUGAUGGAGGGGAUCCACGUGUCGGUGGAGGAGGCGGCCGACCAGUACGAGCACACCCUGCUGCCGCACCUCACUGUGGACAACGGACACGUGCAUCAAGAGCACGUCCGACAUUGGUACUCCCGCGGCAACGCGUGCGACGAGAGCGGGUGCUGCGGACUCUGCAGCACCGCCAGGGAGCACGACGCGCCGCCCCUCAAAGUACUCAAAGAGGAAGUGCUUCAGCGCAUCUUAGAGACGGACGUCGCCAACGAACCGAUGAUCCCCGAGAGCAUCAUGCCGGAGCCGGAGUUGCCGCCGCCGCAGUCGCCCAAGGAGCCCCAGAAGGAAGAUAAGAAGAAGACCGGCAAGAAAUACGGGUGUCCGCACUGCAGCAGGGUCUUCUACCACAGGAGCAGCCUGUUCUACCACGUGCUGUCCCACGGCGGGAAGCAGCAUGCGUGCAAGGAGUGCGGGAAGGCCUUCUAUACUUCUGGAGCCUUGAAGAUCCACCGGCGCGUGCACAACGGGGACCGGCCCUACAAGUGCGACGUGUGCGGCCACGACUUCCGCCAGUGGACCGACCUCAAGUACCACAAGGUCAUCCACACCAACCAGAAAUGUUUUAAAUGUGAGUUCUGCGGCAAAGAGUUCGCCCGCAAGUACUCGCUCAACGUGCACCGGCGCAUCCACACCGGCGAGCGCAACUACAAGUGCGACUACUGCACCAAGUCCUUCCGCGCCUCCUCCUACCGCCUCAGCCACAUGAAGACGCACACCGGCGACAAGCCCUACAAGUGCGAGCAGUGCGACAAGUCGUUCCGCGUGGCCUUCGACCUGAAGCGCCACGUCCUCACGCACGAGAAGGCGAGGCAGCGUCUGGAGCAGCAGAACAACAAGUCGAGACCCGAGAAGGAGCAGGCGAAGACCAAGCAGGACGACGCAGACAAGAGGUCGAUGGCCGCCAAGGGCGAGCGGAAGGCGCGGGGGGGUCGCAAGCUGCGGAGGGGCGCCCCCAACGUGACCGUCGCCGACGAGCACUUGAAGGUGAAGCAGGAGUUCAGGCCGGAGUACAGGCUGCGCGAGGAGUUCGGCGAGGAGUACCGGGCGCCCUCCGUGCUGCGCGACACCACGGACGGCAAGGUGCACGUGUACACGCACGUGGCGCGCGACGGAGCCCUGCCCGACGGCGCCUUCUUCGAGAAGCUCACCGCGCUCUACAACGUGCCCGCCGUCUAGUGCCUCUGUGUUCAGCACAAUCAUAUUAACGAACAUUACAUUUAGAGGGGGAUCAUGCCAACGACACUUUAGGAGGUUACCCUUUGUUUUUGACCGCCCGCCGAGGGUGUCGCAAUAACAUUGACAAAACAAAGCCCCCAACAGAGUGGCACCCCGGGGGACAUGUAACGAUCCCCCUUCGCUCGAAACCCCUGCGUACUUUACAAGAAACAAAUAUAAUUCGAUGCUCAUCUUUUUACAGUGAGCGAAAUAUAUGCAACGAGCAGUCGUUCUGCCAACACUACUUCUACAUUAUGCUAUUCGGGGUUCGACGGUCCGUAAUCUAUUCUAUCUAUCUAUAUAUAUAAAAAUAAAUUGCUGUUCGUUAGUCUCGCUAAAACUCGAGAACGGCUGGACCGGUUUGGCUAAUUUUGGUCUUGAAUUAUUUGUGGAAGUCCAGAGAAGGUUUAAAAGGGUAGAUAAAUAUGUUCGGAAUUAAAUAAAAACAAACAAUUUUGUUUUUCCUUUGAUGUGUCCCCCGUCGGACGGAUUCCUUUUGUUUGUUUCAAGUUUAUUUUAUACAAAAGUUUAGGUAUUUUAUUUAUCGAUUGAGGCACUACGAAGUCCUCCGGGUGGGCUAGUUUAAAAUAAAAUAUUUUUAAUCUGUAGAUCUUCAGUGUAGUCACUUUAAUUAUGAAAAUUGUUUUUACGGUUUAUUCGGUCUUUUUUGUUCUCAUAACAUUGUUCCUGACACCUCGAAUAGACAUUUACAUUUCAAAUCUAGAAUUGUUUUUGUUUCUAGAAAGGUCGACGGCAGUUAGCACAAUAUUGAAGUUUAGAUACAUAACGUAUUACGCCGUCUCAAAAAACAUUAAGUAUUCGAUGUGACAUACUAAACACAGUAAACAUACUAUUGAACAGUGACGUCAUUGUUCGCAUCCCCGACACAAAUUCUAAACCACAGUCUCAUGGGAGCGGGGUUGGACUACCCCUCUAAUUCCUCGCCGAAUAAUUUAGAUUCUUUCCAUUAGAUAGAUUUCCAUUAGACACAAUUAAAGUAUUUGUUCAGCCGACCGAGCCCGUUGCUGUGAACACAGCACUACUCUACUAUAGGAACUAAAAGUACUGUUACUCGCUGAAGUCCAGGAUAAAUAAAAAAAAUUACCGAAGUAUAAAUUGAAACUGUAAUAACACUUAACGAACACUUUACAACUCGUAACUCACUUCUUCCGCUUCGCUUCAGGUGAUCCGUUCGCUAUUUCACUUCGAGUAGAUCCGAUUACUAGCCGACAUCGUGCCAUCUCUGCACCGCUUUAUAGUCGAUACGACAUCCCUAGAUUUAUCGAGAACAUUCCUCACAAGUCGAGUACUUUCGAUGUGUGUUUCCGCUAACAGACAAUAGAUGGCGUUGUACUUCUCGAGCGUUCUCGAUGCUACUAGUUCCUUUGAUAUUCGUUUCUGUUAUUCGGCGAUAGAUGACGUUACUCUUACCGUCGUAACGGUGCUUUGUUAUUGGCUCUGUGGUUAUGCGGGUGGUCCUCCCCGCCGGUCCCACAGCGGCUCUCAGGUACAAGAAUCGAAGUAAAAUGUUAGCAAUAUGAAACGGUCCCCGGGUCCAGUCUGGAGGGGGGCCGACCUGACUCAGAUACACUACCAUCCGAAAGUUUAGAAGCAGCCAAGUAAAAUCGAAUAAAAGCAAAUGCCAUCAAUUUCUUUUUAUUUUCUCUAUUCUUCCGAAAAUUGUAAAGGACAUUUUAUCAUUAAACUGUGGUUCAGUUUUUAUGCGCCUCAUUCUAAUCUAUUUUUAUUCUGUCGAUUUGACGGUGACUGUAUCCUCCUCGCGCAAUGUACAAAAAGCGCUUCCUUAUUCAAGUGUAAAUGCUUGCGUUUUACCAUUUUCAGAAGAAAAGGUACGGGUAAAGUAGAAAUGGAAAACUUCCGAAUACAGACAAUUUUAAUAUCACAACCUUCGCGUGCUCAAGUGCGACUAACUAGAGUCCAAAUAAUUUAAAACUAGAAAAAAUAUAUAAAACUACACCAUUGAAUACAACAAGCAACCGAUAUAUAUAUAUACCUGUUGUUUUUUUGUGAACAAUCUUAAAAUGUCGUAAAAAAAUAUUUUUAAUAUAAUUUCGUUUUACUUAGUACGAUCGAUCGACUUUUUUGUAUAAAAACAGGUGUGUUUCCAAACUUGUGGACGGCAGUGUAUUGUCUGUGGAUUUCUGCAACCGCUUAGACCACGCGGGAAGUCGAUUCAUAUUUCCAAUUUAUAAUAAUUGAAUAAAUUCUUUUUUUGUUUUUUUUUUCUCCAAAUUGUAAUGUACCUACGCAGUGACAAAGUAGACGCUUAUUUUUAUAUUUAAUUAAAAGUAAACGAAGACUUAAUUAUUAUUUAAGUUUUUUUUUGUAAAUAACAUUUGUCACAUAAUAAAUAAUUAGACUGAUUUUAUUAAAUAAUUUGUGCCAAUGAGAUUUCGCGUCGUAAGCUUUAGUGACGCGCAAGAUGGCGCCGGGCGUGUCUCGUAAACUUUGAGUCAUAUAUUCGUUCAGUGUGCUUAGUGCGAGUUUUUUAACGUUCUCGAUAGCGUAAAAGUUAAAUCAAAUUUGUAUGUAGUUGCAGCGUUCGCCUGUUUGCCGCUAGGGGCACUGUUUCAACUGCAUACAAAUUUGGGUUAACAUCUCUCGCCAGUAGACACAUAAAAUAAAAAAUAACUUUUUUUUGUAUUAGGAAUAUUUAUUACAUUGUAUUUAAUUAAAUAUCAACCAAUCGAAAUUUGAAUAGUUGAAAUCAUGUUUUAGUUUAGACACGUCGCAACUUUAAUAAUAAUAAUAAUAAAUAUCAAGGUUUUUAUAUUCUUAUUUUACGCUAUACAAAUAAUAUUUUUGUAUUACAUACUUUAAAUUAUUAGAAGAAGAAUGAAUUUAAAAUCGAUUACUCGUUCUUUACGAAAACAUUCCUAGUUGUAUGCAACUGCGAGAACGAUUUUUUUUAAGAUUGUAAUCUCGUAUAUGUUGGCAAUGGUCUCGCAGUGCUUAGAUGAGCGACAGCAAGCUCCCCCUGUCCUGGUGAAACUGGAAAGGCCACCGGGCCAGAAGUAAUCCUUCAAACUACACGACGACGAUGCGAUGCGAUGUGUUGAUCGCUUCUAACUUGAUAAUAAAAUAUUUACUAGCGCGCAGUGUAAUUCAAAACGGAAAGGUGCGUUUUACAUUGCGUGUUUACGUCAUCCAAGAGACUGUUUUGUAUAGCAAAUGAAUAUCGUUUAUCAUUGUUCCGAAAACAAGGGAGUACAUUAUUUUUAUUUCGACAUCCUUGCAGCAGGGUAGGUAUGUACUGAUUACUUUUAAUAAUAUAAGUGAAUGCUGUUUUUUUCUCGUCACGAAUCACGGAAUUGUCGGAAAUUGUAAAAAUUAAUGAAAUAAAUGCAAUAAAAACACACUUGCGAAACAAAAUAUGAAUUUACUACUGCGUCUUGUGUGCGCACGCCACUGGGAUGACUUAAUAUGAGUUUUAAAGGUACCAAAUAGUUUAACUUAAAUAAUAAUAUACUUAAAUAUAUUUACCUUUAAUUAUACGUGUAAAUAUAUUAUUUAUAAGAUAAAAUUUAAUAAACUUUUGUUAACUUUUA